CGGGAAAUGCCCCACGGAAGAUGGUGAAGUUGCGUAGCACAAAGAAACACGGGCGGCAUGACAUCACCUCUCAUCAUGCGCUUUCGUGCUCUCUGAAAUAGUGAACAGUGGUUGCGACUGUACUGCCACAUAAAUCACAUUGAUCAGCUUAACGCUUCUAGCUCAACUUCGAAACUCACUUCUAGCACACGAUCACGUGAAAAGCUACUGCCAAGAUGUCCGGCAACUACCAAGCAUAUCAGGGCCUGAGCCCGGAGGAUCAACGCAUUCUCCAAGAGGCACACGCCAAACUAGGUCCGAACGAGAAGCAGGUCGUCCAAGAUCAUUAUCAGCAGCAAAACAACCCAGAUCACCCAGCAAACCCGCAGCACAAAGACCACCACAAGUUCAAGGAGGCCAUGGGCGGCAUCGCCGGCAAGUUAGGCAAUGCCGCGGUCUUCGGUUUCGGGGCGACUGCUGGUGCGGAUCUGUUCAAUAAGCUCUUCUAAGCUGUCCAAGACGCGUAGGGUGGUGUGCAUGUUUACGACCUUCUACGACUCCAUGGCUGCUGUGUAAUUGGACUGAUAGAGCGGAGAUUAAGCAUUCGGCUUCUUCUGCAAGAAUUCACCUUACACACUCUUGUUCUGGUAUUGACAGAAAGCGCGUCUGUAUUGACACUCUUUCACUAGAACAGUUGCCCACCUGUUGCCGCGCCAUUGUUAUUACGGUAAAGCUCAGUAGCACAGGCGCGCAACGUUUCGUGGCAUCAGGCGGUCCUUUUGACUGUUCAUGUUCACUAAGACUCCUACCAUGUAGGUCGGGAAUCAGUCAUCCAGUAAAC